UUUCGGUUUCACAUUUGUUAUGUCUUUUCGUAGAUGAUUACAGCUGCUUUUCACUGAACUAACACUCCCAGAGAGCAAACACGAUGCCCAGAAACAAAAGAUGUUCAAAAACAAGAAGGAGAAAGCGGUCGCAUGCGAAAAAGAUGCAACAAAUAUUAUAUAAAUGUGUAUUUUGUGCCAGCACAACCGACAAACGCGCUGAUUGUCGACGUGCGGGCAGGCAGAGCCGAUCUUCACAGGCGGUUCAGUAUUUCCUCACCGCUUCCAAAGGUGGAUCAAUAGAAUUCUCCAACAGCCUGUGGAGGAGAGCAGACCCAGAGGAACUAUCUGGUAUAUCCAGCCAAAAUGGCAAAAAGGAAAACAGACAUCCGACUGAUUUCCACUGCAGCAAAACUCCAAGUGUCGUGGGUGCGGACAGGCCGGCUGGCAGGAAGGAGGCAGGGAAUGACGAAGCAGGCAGGCGAAAGUCGGGGAAAACUGGGGAUUUAUUAAGGGGAAGAUGGCUACGGGAAUCACAGGACAUCGCAACUUCAGUUUCCACGAAUGAGUUCACGGAUACUUCCAACAGUCUGGGGAGCAGUGUAGACCCCGUGGAUCCACCUGAUAUGCGUUACUAUGGACUCCAUAACCUGGGGGCCACCUGCUACUUAAAUGCAGUGCUGCAGACACUCUUCAUGACCAAGCAAUUCAGGGAGGCUGUGGAGAGUCUAACUCUUUCAGAUCAUUUAAGGAGUUUGUUUAAAAUGUUAAAGGAAGCAACCACAGAUGUGGGAAAUGAGCUUCUAACAAGCCUUGGCAUCACAAAUAAAAAUGAACAACAGGAUGCUGCGGAAUACUUUCAGAAGAUUGUGAGUUUAUGCAACAUAACCGAGAUCUACCACGGUACACUUAGAGAUUCUACCAAGUGCCUGAAAAAAGGACAUAAGAGUGAAUCAGAAUCACCAUUUGUGAUUCUGCCACUGGCUCUUGAAUCACGUCAAAGCUACAGUGUGAUGGAUGGUUGGAAUCAGUUCUUCAAGUCCUCAGUUCUGAAUGGUGAUAAUCAGCUGUACUGCGAUGAUUGUGAUGAGAAGACAGAUGCAGAAACUGUUUGUGAAUUAGUGAGGUACCCUGAGGUCUUAACCUUACAACUCAAGAGGUUUUACUUUGACUUCAACGACAUGAUGUAUAGGAAAACCAACUGCACAGUGGAAAUCCCCGUCGAACUACAAGUCACUCAGGAAUUCACUUAUGAGCUCUAUGCUAUAAUCGAACAUAGAGGUUCUGUGAAAUCUGGACAUUACUACACCAACAUCAAGUCAUUCGAGGGUGGAAAGUGGUACCAUUUUGAUGACAGCCGUGUCUUUCAGUGUGACCCCAAGAUUUACAAUGAGAAGACCAUUAAAUCUGAUUAUGCCUAUAUGCUGAUGUACACAAAACGACCAGGAGGAAAGGAACACACACAAGGAGCUGAAGGUGAUGCUGGAGCAGGAGGCCAAGGUGGUGCUGAUAGGUGUAUCAUCUCUGGCCUUGCAGGAGACAAUUUGAAUGCUACAAGAGGUGUUAGAGUGAAGAAUUAUGUUAUUGCUGAAAAUGCAGGAGACAGUGUUUCUGGGGAAAGUUUCACUGAUGGAGUAAGCGAAACUGUUCAACAUGCUGUUAAAGCUACACGUAAUGCACAGAGACAACAUAAAUGUGCUUCCAGAAACACUGGGAGCAAACAGCAACUGAAAAACAAUGGAAAAGCAGGACAUGAGGACAGGGUUGAUGAUGUUCCCUUUAAUAAGGCAGGAAACAGAGACUAUCAUACACAGUACUGACAUGGUAAUAAUGUUAGCGGUGAAGGUGAAUUAACACGCCGAAGUGGAGGUUAAGUGUUGUUGCCACUGGCAACACUGGCCAUAGGAAGAAAACUAAAAGAAGCAUCGACGUUAGAGAUGCAGAUUAAUGCUCCCAUAAAAUCACUGAUAACGUAGAAAGGGUAGUCAAACAAUAGGGAACCUUUUCAGUGUCAAUUUCUGUGUAUUAGUAAAAGAUGAUUGACAGCUAGAUGAUAGCUUUGUUGCAUGCUUACUGCAGGUGAUAUCUAUUUUUUCAUAGUGUCAUUCCUGAUAGACAUUUUACUCUGCAAUAUGGUAUAUGAUAGUAUUUAAAAAAAAAAAAAAAUAUGCAGGCUUCUAUAAAUCAGAGACAGCGUAAAUGGGCUCAUCAG